CAGUCAGGCAGUCAGUCAGCUGCGAGCGGAGCGUGAGGGGAGUGAGUGAGGGAGUGAGGGAGGAAGGAGUGAGCCAGCCAUGGCUGAAGGGGCAGAAGGAGAAGAGGAGAUUCAGUUCCUCAGAACUGGUGAUGAAGUGGUUCUACAAUGCACUGCAACUGUUGUCAAACAGCAAAUAAAACUCUGCCUUGCCGCUGAAGGAUUUGGUAAUCGACUCUGCUUCCUUGAAUCUACAUCAAACGCAAAGAAUGUUCCUCCAGACCUUGCAAUUUGCAGCUUCGUGCUUCAGCAAUCUCUCUCUGUGCGAGCCUUGCAAGAGAUGCUGGCAAACACUGUCCAAGGCAAUGAGUCAUCUCAGGGAGGAGGUCAUCGAACCCUCUUGUAUGGUCAUGCAAUUCUACUCCAACAUUCCCACAGUGGUAUGUAUUUAUGCUGUUUGACGACAUCGAGGUCUAUGACGGACAAAUUAGCCUUUGAUGUUGGACUGCAGGAAGAUGCAACAGGGGAAGCAUGUUGGUGGACCAUUCACCCAGCCUCUAAACAAAGGUCUGAGGGUGAGAAAGUGCGUGUGGGUGAUGACCUCAUCCUUGUCAGUGUUUCCUCAGAGCGAUAUCUGCAUUUAUCUUACGCCAGUGGAGAUUUACAAGUGGAUGCCUCCUUUAUGCAGACGCUCUGGAAUAUGAAUCCCAUCUGUUCAGGCUGUGAACUGGCUGAAGGAUAUGUGACCGGUGGCCAUGUUCUGCGUCUCUUUCAUGGUCAUAUGGACGAGUGCCUCACGAUAGUAGCAUUUGACCAAGGAGAAGACCAGCGCAGGUUGGUUCACUUUGAAGGAGGAGCAGUGUGCAGCCAUGCAAGAUCUCUGUGGAGACUGGAACCUCUGCGCAUCAGUUGGAGUGGUAGCCACAUGAAAUGGGGCCAGCCCUUUCGUAUCCGUCACGUAACAACCGGUAAAUACUUGGCCCUAGAUGAGGAGAAAGGGCUGCUUCUUUUUGAUCAAGAGAAAUCGAACACCAAAGCUACUGCCUUUUGUUUCCGAAUCUCAAAGGAUAAGAUUGAUAUGCCUCAUAAACGAGAUGUAGAGGGGAUGGGAACCCCAGAAAUCAAGUAUGGGGAGUCCAUGUGUUUCGUGCAGCACGUCAACAGUGGACUCUGGUUGACAUACGCAGCACUCGAGAGUAAAACUGCUCGGCUCGGACCUUUAAAGAGAAAAGCUAUACUGCACCAAGAGGGACACAUGGAUGAUGCUCUUCCACUGUCACGCUCCCAACAAGAGGAAUCCCAGGCCUCUCGAAUGAUCUACAGCACAGUUGGUCUCUUCAACCAAUUCAUCAGCUGUCUUGAUCAUCUUACUGGAAAGAACAAAGCUUCAUCGCAUCAGAACAGUUUACCUAUUGAUACAGUGGUUCUCAGUCUCCAGGAUCUGAUCAGCUACUUCCAGCAUCCAGAUGAAGAACUUGAACACGAAGAGAAACAAACCAAACUGCGCUCACUCAAAAACCGACAGAAUCUAUUCCAAGAAGAAGGGAAGAUCCAGCUAGUGCUGAACUGCAUUGACAGGCUCAAUGUAUACAACAGUGCCGCUCACUUUGCAGAGAUUGCAGGAGAGGAGGCCGCUGAAUCCUGGAAGGAAAUUGUGAACCUGCUUUACGAGCUGCUGGCCUCCCUCAUCCGAGGUAAUCGCAGGAUAUGUGCACUAUUCUCUGACAAUUUGGAUUGGCUGGUCAGUAAACUGGACCGACUGGAAGCUUCCUCAGGUAUUCUGGAAGUGCUGUACUGUGUUUUGAUAGAAAGCCCAGAGGUCCUGAAUAUCAUAACAGAAAGCCACAUCAAAUCGAUUAUUUCUCUGCUGGACAAGCACGGGCGAAAUCACAAGGUGCUGGAUGUGCUACGUUCUCUGUGUGUGUGUAACGGUGUCGCUGUCAGAUCCAAUCAGAAUCUGAUAACUGAGAAUCUACUUCCAGGCCGUGAUCUGCUGCUACAGACCAACCUGAUCAACUAUGUCACCAGCAUCAGGCCAAACAUCUUUGUGGGCUCGUACGAAGGUUCUACUCAAUACAAGAAGUGGUACUUUGAGAUGAUGGUGGAUUACGUUGAUUCAUUCGUUACACCCCAAGUCACUCAUUUGCGAGUGGGCUGGGCAUUGACAGAAGGCUAUAGCCCUUACCCAGGAGGAGGUGAAGGCUGGGGAAGCAAUGGAGUGGGAGAUGAUUUGUACUCGUAUGGUUUUGAUGGUAUUCAUCUGUGGUCGGGGCGUGUGGCUAAGGUCGUUGCCUCACCUGACCCACACAUUCUGGCAGCGGAUGAUGUUGUCAGCUGUUGCCUUGAUUUGAGUGUGCCAAGUAUCUCCUUCCGGGUAAAUGGCCAUCCCGUUCAAGGCAUGUUCGAGAACUUUAACCUUGAUGGUCUCUUCUUUCCUGUUAUCAGCUUCUCUGCAGGAGUCAGGGCUCGAUUCUUACUUGGUGGCAGGCAUGGUGAUUUCAAGUUCCUGCCUCCCCCGGGUUACGCUCCCUGUUACGAAGCUCUGCUACCAAAGGAAAGGAUGAGACUGGAACCCAUCAAGGAAUACAAGUUUGAUUUUGGUGGGGUGCGAAAUCUCCUGGGCCCGACACAAUGCUUGUCCCAUUCUGAAUUUGCUCCAUGCCCUGUGGAUACAGCUCAGAUUGUGCUUCCACCUCAUUUGGAACGGAUACGGGAGAAAUUGGCGGAAAACAUCCAUGAGCUUUGGGCUUUGACAAAGAUUGAGACAAGCUGGACAUAUGGAACAAUUCGAGAUGACAAUAAGAAACUACAUCCGUGUCUUGUGGAAUUUAAUAGACUACCAGAACCAGAGAGAAAUUACAAUUUACAGAUGUCUGGCGAAACGCUGAAGACUUUGCUGGCGUUGGGGUGUCACGUCGGAAUGGCCGAUGAAAAAGCAGAGGAAAAUCUGAAGAAAAUCAAAAUGGCCAAAUCGUACCUAAUGUCUAGUGGAUAUAAACCUGCUCCCCUUGACCUUUCCCACGUCAAACUGACCCCAGCCCAGAACACUCUGGUGGAUAAAUUGGCUGAAAACGGACACAACGUAUGGGCAAGGGAUCGUGUUCGGCAGGGCUGGACAUACAGUAUUUUGCAGGACAUUAUGAACAAGAGAAAUCCGCGGCUCGUACCUUACAACCUGCUGGAUGAGCGCACCAAGAAAACAAACCGAGACAGCCUGUGUGAGGCUGUCCGCACCCUGAUUGGUUAUGGCUACAACAUCGAGCCCCCGGAUCAGGAAGCUACUGCCCACACAGGCAAGGGUUCCAUUGAUAAAGUGCGCCUAUUCCGUGCAGAGAAGUCGUACGCAGUGAAGACCGGGAAAUGGUAUUUUGAAUUUGAAGCCGUGACUGUAGGAGAAAUGCGAGUAGGGUGGGCCCUACCCGAGUGCAGGCCUGAUAUUGAAUUGGGUGGCGAUGACCUGGCUUUCGUUUUCAAUGGAUUCAAGGGUCAGCGGUGGCACAUAGGCAGUGAGCCAUUUGGCCGGACCUGGCUGCCUGGUGAUGUGGUUGGUUGUAUGAUCGACUUAAGUGAAAUGAGCAUCAUGUUCACAUUGAACGGAGAGAUGCUCAUCAGCGACUCUGGUUCUGAGCUGGCUUUUAAAGACAUUGAAGUGGGUGAUGGCUUUCUCCCUGUGUGCAGCUUGGGCCUUUCCCAGGUUGGGCGUAUUAAUCUUGGGCAGGACGUUAGCAGUCUGAGAUACUUCACCAUCUGUGGUUUGCAGGAAGGCUUUGAGCCUUUCGCUGUAAACAUGAAGCGGGACAUCACAAUGUGGUUCAGCAAAAGUUUGCCUCAAUUCGUUCCUACUCCUUUGGACCAUAGCCAUAUUGAGGUGACAAGGAUCGAUGGAACUGUUGACAGCCCACCUUGCAUUAAGUUGUCUCAUAAAACCUUUGGAUCUCAGAACAGCAACACUGAUAUGCUAUUCUUCCGACUCAGCAUGCCUGUCGAGUUUCAUGACACGUUCAAAUGUACCCCGGGCACAACACCCCUGAUUAGGAUGUCUAGACCCGAAGAAGAAGUAGAAGAUAUAGACGUAGAUUCAGAGUUUGAAGUCCUGAAGAAGUCAGCCAGCCGGACUCAAACCGAAACAACAAAUGACAAAGAGGGUCAUAAGGAAGUCGUGAAGACGGAGAAUGAAAAGGAUGUUUCCUCUGAGAAAAGUAAACCCAAAUCUAGGUUCUUGUUCAAAAAGAAGCCAGCCUUCAUUGCUCCUCCGCCAGUGAUUCCCACCGUGCCCCGCCUGAUCCAGGAUGUGGUACCAGAUGAUCGGGAUGAUCCAGAGAUUAUUUUGAAUACAACAACGUAUUACUAUUCAGUGAAGAUAUUUGCUGGACAGGAUCCAGGAGGUGUGUGGGUUGGCUGGGUUACCCCAGACUUCCAUCAGUAUGACAAAAGCUUUGAUCUGUUCAAAGUUCGCACGGUCACUGUCACAGUAGGAGACGAUCGAGGAAAAGUUCAUGACAGUAUGAAGCGCAGCAAUUGUUACAUGGUCUGGGGAGGCGAGUUCAGUAACAGCUCCCAGCAGGCAAGCCGCAGUAAUGUGGAUUUGGAUAUUGGCUGCCUUGUUGAUUUGGCAACAGGUCUCAUGACUUUUACCGCCAACGGAAAGGACAUCAAUACCUAUUUCCAGGUUGAACCGAAUACUAAGCUAUUCCCUGCAGUCUUCGUGCAGCCUUUUAGUCAGAAUAUGUUCCAGUUUGAGCUUGGCAAGCUGAAGAAUAUCAUGCCAAUUUCAGCCGCCAUGUUUCGGAGUGAACGGAAGAACAACAUUCCCCAGUGUCCUCCACGGCUCAAUGUCCAAAUAAUCACCCCAGUCGUGUGGAGCCGAAUGCCCAACGAGUUCUUGCAGAUCGAGAUGGCACGUGUGAGUGAGCGUCACGGCUGGAUGUUAGAAUGCGUGGACCCACUUAUCAUGAUGGCACUGCACAUUCCAGAGGAGAACAGAUGUAUCGACAUUUUGGAGCUCACCGAGUGCAAAGAUCUGCAGAAAUUCCACUAUCACACGUUAAAGCUGUACUGCGCUGUGUGUGCAUUGGGCAACAAUCGGGUCGCCCAUGCCCUGUGUAGUCAUGUUGAUGAAUCCCAGUUGCUCUACACUAUCGAGAACACAUACCUGCCGGGCCUCCUACGCAGUGGCUAUUAUGAUCUACUGAUCAGCAUUCACCUGGAGUCAGCCAAACGCAACAGACUCAUGAUGAACAAUGAGUUCAUUGUCCCGAUGACUGAAGAAACCAGACAGAUCACAUUAUUUCCAGACAGGCGCAAAAUUCAUGGGCUGCCAGGUGUCGGUCUCAGCUCUUGCUUGAGACCCCCACUCCAUUUUGCUUCCUUGUGUUUUAUCGGCACAAGUGAUGACCGCUUUCAGUUCAGUCCCGAAAUCCCCCUGGACAUUCUCAAGACCAAAGCCAUCAACAUGUUGACCGAGGGAGUCAAAGACGGUGGGCAGCACACAAGGGACCCUGUGGGGGGGAGUGUAGAAUUCCAGUUCGUACCCGUGCUAAAACUUGUAAGCACCCUCCUCAUCAUGGGUGUGUUUGGUGAUGAAGAUGUGAAGCACGUGUUGAAGAUGAUCGAGCCAGAAGUGUUUGCCGAGGCCAAAGAGGAGAGCAGUGAGAAGAAUGAAGAUGAGAAGGCAAAGACGGAAGAAGCCACGAAAGCAGAUGAAGAACAGGAAGAAGAAGAAGAAAAGGCCGAGGAGGAUGAGCAGGGAGUGGAAGAAGCAGAAGAAGUGAAAGAGGAAGAAAUGGAGGAUGGACUUCUGCAAAUGAAACUGCCAGAGUCUGUCAAAUUACAGAUGUGCAAACUGCUGCAAUUCUUCUGCGACUGUGAGCUCCGUCACCGCGUCGAAGCAAUCACUUCGUUCGCUGAUAAAUUUGUUGACAACAUGCAAGUGGAUCAGAAGCAACGCUACCGGGAACUGAUGCUGAACUUCAGCAUGUCUGCAGCAGAGACCGCCAGGAAGACACGAGAGUUUCGCUCUCCGCCACAGGAGCAGAUCAACAUGUUGAUGCAUUUCAAAAUGGAUCCAAGUAAAGAAGUUAACCCAAUGCCAGAUAAAGUGAGGAACGUGUUGAUUGACUUCCAUGCUGAACUUCUCUUGCAUUGUGGCAUUCAGAUUGAGGAGGAAGAGGAAGAAGAGGAGAAGGACACGUCUCUGAAAGGCCGCUUGCUGAGUCUCGUUGAGAAGGUUAAAAGUUUAAGAAAGAAGGAGGACACUGAGGACUUGCAGGGCGAAGAGGAAGAAACGAAGCCCAGUACACUCCAGGAGCUGAUCUCUCACACAGUGGUGCACUGGGCUCAGGAGGCUUUUAUCCAGAACCCUGAACUGGUCCGACUGAUGUUCAGUUUGCUGCAUAGGCAGUAUGAUGGUGUCGGAGAGCUUAUCCGUGCUAUGCCCAAGGCUUACAUCAUCAACGGCACCUCUGUGGAGGACACUAUGAAUUUGCUGGAAUGCCUAGGGCAGAUCCGCUCAUUGCUCAUUGUCCAAAUGGGCCCAGAAGAAGAGAGGCUCAUGAUCCAAAGCAUCGGAAACAUCAUGAACAACAAAGUCUUCUAUCAGCAUCCAAACCUGAUGCGUGCCUUGGGAAUGCAUGAAACUGUUAUGGAAGUCAUGGUGAAUGUGUUGGGAGGUAGAGAUUCCAAGGAGAUUCGCUUCCCCAGAAUGGUGACCAACUGCUGUCGAUUCUUGUGCUACUUCUGUCGUAUCAGCCGUCAAAAUCAGAGGUCCAUGUUUGAUCACUUAAGCUACUUGCUGGAUAACAGUGGCAUUGGACUGGGUAUGCGCGGUUCCACACCGCUGGAUGUGGCAGCUGCUUCGGUCAUUGACAACAAUGAGCUUGCAUUGGCUCUGCAGGAACCAGAUCUAGAGAAGGUCGUCACCUACCUCGCCGGGCGUGGGCUACAGAGCUGCCCGAUGCUACUGGCGAAAGGCUACCCAGACAUAGGGUGGAACCCUGUAGGAGGAGAGCGUUACCUGGAUUUCCUGCGGUUUGCAGUAUUUGUGAAUGGGGAAAGUGUUGAGGAAAAUGCCAAUGUUGUUGUCCGUUUGCUGAUCCGUCGCCCUGAGUGCUUUGGGCCAGCUCUGCGGGGUGAAGGUGGCAGCGGGUUGCUGGGGGCCAUUGAGGAAGCCAUCAAGAUCUCAGAGGACCCGGCCCGUGAUGGACCAACAGUCAAAAAAGACCGUCGUCGAGAAAUGUUUACCGAGGAAGGCCACGAGGACAAUCGUGUCCAUCUGGGCAAUGCCAUCAUGUCUUUCUACGCUGCAUUGAUUGACCUACUGGGACGCUGUGCUCCGGAGAUGCAUCUGAUCCAAGCUGGAAAAGGUGAAGCAUUGAGAAUCCGAGCGAUCCUGCGCUCCCUGGUGCCCAUUGAUGACCUGGUCGGUGUAAUCAGCCUCCCAGUGCAGAUGCCUGCCUUUGGGAAAGAUGGUCACAUUGUUGAGCCUAAAAUGGCGGCCAGCUUUGUUCCUGAUCACAAAGCCUCCAUGGUUCUGUUCCUGGAUCGUGUCUAUGGGAUAGAAAAUCAGGAUUUCCUUCUUCACGUACUGGAGGUCGGAUUCCUGCCUGAUAUGAGGGCUGGUGCCUCCUUAGAUACUGUUGCUUUCAGUACCACCGAGAUGGCACUGGCUUUAAACCGGUACCUCUGUUCUGCAGUGCUGCCUCUUAUCACUAAAUGUGCUCCACUGUUUGCGGGAACAGAGCACCGAGCAAUUAUGAUCGACUCCAUGCUGCACACAAUCUACCGUCUCUCCAGGGGCCGCUCUCUGACCAAGGCACAGCGAGACGUUAUUGAGGAGUGCCUCAUGGCACUGUGCAGGUAUCUCCGACCUUCCAUGCUGCAGCAUUUACUGCGUCGCUUGGUCUUUGAUGUACCAAUAUUGAAUGAGUACGCCAAGAUGCCACUGAAGUUGCUAACUAACCACUACGAGAGAUGCUGGAAAUAUUACUGCCUGCCAUCCGGAUGGGCUAAUUACGGAGUCACUUCGGAGGAAGAACUCCAUCUGACUCGGAAACUCUUCUGGGGAAUCUUCGAGUCGGUGUCUCAUAAGAAAUUUGACGUAGAACUUUUCAAGAUCGUCAUGCCAUGUCUGUGCGGGAUAGCUGGAGCAUUGCCACCGGAUUACGUUGAUGCCAGCUACUCUUCCCAGGUGGAGAAAAAAGCCUCAGUAGAUGCAGAAGGCAACUUCGACCCUAAACCUGUGGAAACUAUGAAUGUCAUCAUUCCUGAAAAACUGGACAGCUUUAUUAACAAGUAUGCAGAGUAUACGCAUGACAAGUGGGCUUUUGAGAAGUUACAAAAUAACUGGACUUAUGGUGAAAAUAUUGACGAGGAAGCAAUGACUCACCCAUGGUUGAGACCUUACAAAACGUUCUCUGAGAAGGACAAAGAAAUCUAUAGAUGGCCAAUUAAAGAGUCCUUGAAGGCUAUGAUCGCCUGGGAAUGGACAGUGGAAAAGGCGAGAGAGGGAGAAGGAAUGGAGAAGAGUGAUAAGGGGGAGAAAAAGACCCGCAAGAUUUCCCAGUCGGCUCAGGUUAUGUACGAUCCUAGUCAAGGCUACUCUCCGCAGCCCCCUGAAAUGCUGGUGGCAGCGCUAUCCCGAGAACUGCAGGCAAUGGCGGAGCAACUCGCAGAAAACUACCACAACACCUGGGGCCGAAAGAAGAAGCUGGAGCUACAGGCCAAAGGUGGGGGAAGCCAUCCACUUUUGGUGCCGUACGAUACACUGACCGCCAAAGAGAAAGCCCGGGACAGGGAGAAAGCUCAGGAGCUGCUCAAAUUCCUCCAAAUGCAAGGCUACUCAGUGACCAGAGGCAUGAAGGAUAUGGAACUGGACACGUCCUCGAUUGAGAAGAGAUUUGCCUAUGGCUUCCUGAAGAAACUGCUGCAAUGGAUGGAUAUAGCUCAGGAGUUUGUUGCUCAUAUAGAGGCAGUUGUAAGCAGUGGAAGAGUUGAGAAAUCUCCUCACGAACAGGAGAUCAAGUUCUUUGCAAAGAUUUUGCUCCCUUUGAUCAAUCAAUCUUUCAAGAACCACUGCUUGUACUUCCUGUCCACUCCGGCCAAAUUGCUGGGCAGCGGUGGACAUGCCUCCAACAAAGAGAAAGAGAUGAUAGCCAGUAUCUUCUGCAAAAUGGCAGCUUUGGUCAGGCAUAGAGUCUCCCUCUUUGGUACUGAUGCCCCCACAAUUAUAAACUGUUUGCACAUUUUGGCACGGUCUCUGGAUGCGAGGACUGUGAUGAAAUCUGGCCCUGAGAUUGUAAAGGCAGGUCUGCGGUCAUUCUUUGAAGGAGCGUCUGAGGACAUUGAGAAAACCGUGGAAAAUCUGAAACUUGGCAAAGUCUCUCAGAAAACACAAGUGAAGGGAGUGGCUCAGAACGUCAACUACACCACUGUGGCCCUUUUGCCUGUACUUACCUCCCUGUUUGAGCAUAUCGCACAGCAUCAGUUUGGAGACGACGUGAUCCUGGAUGAUGUGCAAGUCUCGUGUUACCGAAUCCUAUCCAGUAUUUAUUCUCUUGGAACCACAAAGAAUCCUUACGUGGAAAGACAUCGACCCUCCCUGGGUGAGUGUCUGGCCAGACUGGCGGCUGCAAUGCCGGUGGCCUUUCUUGAACAUCAUCUUAACGAGCACAAUAUCUACUCCGUUUACAAUACGAAAUCGUCACGUGAACGCACCAUUCUGGGUCUGCCGAACACUGUGGAGGAAAUGUGUUCCGAUAUUCCCGACCUGGACUGCCUCAUGAAAGAAAUUAGUGACUUGGCGGAAUCUGGAGCCCGCUACACUGAGAUGCCGCACGUCAUUGAGAUCACUCUGCCAAUGUUGUGUAACUACCUGCCCCGAUGGUGGGAUCGAGGACCAGAGAACAAUUCCGAGGAAAUCACUGUGAGCUCCACCACCGUCACAUCGGAACAGAUGAACACCUUGCUGGGAAACAUUUUGAAAAUCGUGGUUAAUAACUUGGGCAUCGACGAGGCUUCCUGGAUGAAGAGACUGGCAGUAUUUGCACAGCCCAUCAUUAGCAAAGCCAAACCCGAGCUGCUGAAGUCCCAUUUUAUCCCCACCAUGGAGAAGCUGAAGAAGCGAUCGGGGAAGGUGGUGGCUGAGGAGGACCAGCUUCGCAUGGAGGGGAAGGGUGACAACGUGGAGUCUGAGCUACUCAUUCGAGAUGAGUUUUCCGUCCUCUGCCGGGACCUGUACGCUCUGUACCCACUGCUGAUUCGCUAUGUAGACAAUAAUCGAGCCAAAUGGUUGACUGAACCAGACCCCGAUGCUGAGGAGCUCUUCAGGAUGGUUGGAGACAUCUUUAUCCUGUGGUCAAAGUCACACAAUUUCAAAAGGGAAGAACAGAACUUUGUGGUCCAAAAUGAAAUCAACAACAUGUCCUUCCUAACUGCAGACAGCAAAAGCAAGAUGUCCAAGUCUGGAGAUGAUGGACAGUCUGGAGGUUCUGACCAGGAAAGGAUGAAAAAGCAGAGGCGAGGGGACCGUUACUCCGUUCAGACGUCGCUGAUUGUCGCAACCCUUAAGAAAAUGCUUCCUAUCGGCCUCAACAUGUGUUCUCCUGCUGAUCAAGAACUUAUUAACAUAGCCAAGACCAGAUACAGUCUGAAAGAUACAGAUGAAGAGGUACAAGAGUUUCUUCAGAGCAAUCUCUACUUGCAAGAAAAGUGUGAAAAUUCCUCGUCCAUGCGAUGGCAAAUGGCGUUGUACCGGGACACGGCUGGCAAAGCUGAAGACAGCAACAACCCUGAGAAAAUCGUAAAGAGGGUACAAGAGGUUUCCGCCGUCCUGUUCCACCUGGAGCAGACUGAGCACCCUUACAAGUCCAAAAAGAUGGCCUGGCACAAACUAUUAUCCAAGCAGCGCAGGCGGGCAGUGGUUGCCUGUUUCAGAAUGACUCCACUGUAUAACUUACCCAGGCACCGCGCAUCUAACCUCUUCAUCGAAGGUUAUAGAACUUCCUGGAUUGAGACCGAGGAGCACUCGUUUGAAGAUAAACUAAUAGAUGAUCUGGCUAAAUCAGGUGAAGAGGAGGAGGAGGAAGAGGAGGCGAAGGAAACUAAGCCCGACCCUCUUCACCAGCUGAUCCUGCACUUCAGCCGCACAGCUCUCACUGAGAAAAGCAAACUGGAAGAGGAUCAUCUGUACAUGUCAUACGCAGACAUCAUGGCCAAGAGUUGUCACAUCGAAGAGGAGGGUGGUGGUGAUGAAGAUGAAGAGAGCGUAGAGCUUACCUUUGAAGAAAAGGAGAUGGAAAAGCAGAGAUUGCUUUACCAGCAGUCCAGGCUACACAGCCGUGGGGCAGCUGAGAUGGUCCUGCAGAUGAUUAGCGCGUGCAAAGGUGAACCAGGUGCUAUGGUUUCUUCAACCCUGAAACUUGGCAUCUCCAUUCUGAAUGGGGGUAACUGUGAAGUUCAGCAGAAAAUGCUGGACUAUCUGAAAGAGAAGAAGGAAAUUGGUUUCUUCCACAGUGUGCAGUCCCUCAUGCAAACCUGCAGUGUUCUGGAUCUGAAUGCCUUUGAGAGACAGAACAAGGCAGAAGGCCUGGGAAUGGUCACUGAAGAGGGAACAAUCAUCAAACGUGAAAGUGCAGGCAAACAAAACAGUUCUGGUGAGAAGGUGAUGGCCGAUGAUGAAUUCACACAAGAUCUUUUCCGGUUCCUGCAGUUACUCUGUGAAGGACACAAUAACGAUUUCCAGAAUUACCUGCGCACCCAGACAGGUAACACCACCACCAUCAACAUCAUUAUCUGCACCGUCGACUACCUGCUUCGCCUACAGGAAUCGAUCAGCGAUUUCUACUGGUAUUACUCUGGCAAAGAUGUUGUUGACGAACAAGGAAAACGAAACUUUUCCAAGGCUAUGGCCGUGGCUAAGCAAGUCUUCAACAGUCUCACUGAAUAUAUCCAGGGUCCUUGCACCGGGAAUCAGCAGAGCCUGGCUCAUAGCAGACUAUGGGAUGCAGUUGUCGGUUUCCUGCAUAUCUUUGCACAUAUGAUGAUGAAACUUGCUCAGGAUUCAAGCCAGAUUGAGUUGUUGAAGGAGCUGCUGGACUUGCAGAAAGACAUGGUGGUGAUGCUGCUCUCUCUGCUGGAAGGGAAUGUGGUGAACGGAACCAUUGCUAAACAGAUGGUGGACAUGUUGGUCGAGUCGUCCAGCAAUGUUGAAAUGAUCUUGAAGUUCUUUGACAUGUUCCUGAAGCUGAAGGAUAUUGUGGCUUCCGAUGCAUUCAAAGACUAUGUGACGGACCCGAGGGGGCUGAUUUCAAAGAAGGAUUUCCAGAAGGCGAUGGACAGUCAGAAACAGUACACCUUGUCUGAGAUCCAGUUCCUACUCUCGUGUUCUGAGGCAGACGAGAACGAGAUGAUAAACUAUGAGGAAUUUGCUAACCGGUUUCAGGAACCAGCCAAGGACAUCGGCUUUAACAUAGCCGUGCUGCUCACCAAUCUCUCCGAACAUGUGCCUCACGACACCAGGCUUCAGAACUUCCUAACGUUGGCAGAGAGCAUUCUGAACUACUUCCAGCCUUUCCUGGGCCGCAUCGAGAUCAUGGGAGCCAGUCGGAAAAUCGAGCGAAUUUACUUUGAGAUUAGCGAGGCCAACAAGACCCAGUGGGAGAUGCCUCAAGUCAAGGAGUCCAAGAGGCAGUUUAUCUUCGACGUGGUGAACGAAGGGGGGGAGUCCGAGAAGAUGGAAAUGUUCGUCAACUUCUGCGAGGACACCAUCUUUGAGAUGCAGAUCGCCUCCAAGAUUUCCGAACCGGACGAGGAAGAGAAGUCGGAGGACGAGGAGGAGCAGGGAGAGAACGCCGAGGGAGGCGAGGUCGAGAGAGCCUCGCCUUUGGCCGAGUCGCCCUCCGCCUUCGCGGCUUUCCUCGGCAGCAUCGUGGACUUUUUCCACCUGUUCACCCUGAAAAACAUACGGAAGCAAUAUAGGAAGUUGAAGAAGAUGACCAUCAAAGAGAUGGUGAUGGCCUUGGUGUCCUUCUUCUGGACCUUGUUGGUAGGAAUUGUGCUCUUCUUCUAUAAUAUCUGUCGUGGUUUCUUCCUGAUCGUGUGGAACACCUUAUUCGGAGGCGGCUUGGUCGAAGAGGCCAAAAAGAUGACGGUGGCAGACCUGUUGGCCAGUAUGCCGGACCCAACACAAGAUGAGGUUCACGCCGAUCUUCCUGACCUCAGCAAGGUGGAGGUGGAGAACCUGGAAACUCCCUCGGAGUUUGAGGAUCAGGUUAAAGAGCAGGAGGAUUCAGACCAGGCCGAGGCCAAGAGGGAGAGUGGCUGCCCCAGGACAAGCUCGCCUGACUCUAACCUGGGGCUCGGUGACAUUGUGGAGAGCGCAUCAGCAGAGCCACCCACUCCUGAGGGCACACCACCCUCCUUCAGGAAGCUGGGAGAGCAGAUUGAAGCUACAAUUGAGGCCCAGUCACAUGAAAAGCAGGUUGAACCCGAGAAAGCCGACACAGAGAACGGGGAGAAGGCAGAGAAGGACAUGAAGGAGAAAGAAGUGGAGGAGGAGGAGGCGGCCCCAGAAGAAGAGAUGGCGCCUGUGAGGAGAGCGAGGAAGAAAGCCAAGCGGGAGAGGAAGCGGGAGGAGCCAGAGGCGGUCAUGGAAUUCUGGAACGAGUUUGAAAAUUACAAGACCAAACUCCUGAAUUACCUGUCGAGGAAUUUCUAUAACCUGCGUUUCCUGGCUCUCUUCGUGGCGUUUGCCAUCAACUUUAUCCUGCUCUUCUAUAAGGUUUCUGUGCUUGAAGAUGAAGAAAGCUUUGAAGAAGCAGGUUUUGAGGAUGACUCGGGAGGAUCUGGUUUUGGAAAUGGAAAUGGAGGUGAAGAGGAGGAAGAGGAGGAUGACAACUCGUUGGUUUAUUUUGUCCUUGAGGAGAGUACGGGUUACAUGGCGCCAACACUGAAGUUCCUGUCUGUUCUGCACACCCUCAUCUCGUUCCUCUGCAUCAUUGGCUACAACUGUUUAAAGGUGCCUCUGGUCAUCUUUAAACGGGAGAAGGAACUGGCCAGGAAGCUGGAGUUCGACGGUGUGUACAUCACGGAGCAGCCCGCAGACGACGACAUAAAAGGCCAGUGGGAUCGUCUGGUUCUCAACACCCCAUCGUUCCCAAAUAACUACUGGGACAAGUUUGUCAAACGAAAGGUGUUGGAUAAAUACGGUGAUAUCUACGGCAGGGAACGUAUUGCAGAGCUUCUGGGAAUGGAUAUGAGUGCCUUAGACGUCAGUGUACCUCAGAAGAAACCAGUGUCUGACAACUCCAUUCUGUCCUGGUUCACAUCGUUGGACAUCAAGUACCAGAUCUGGAAGUUUGGAGUGAUUUUCACUGACAAUUCGUUCCUGUACCUGGUCUGGUAUCUCGUCAUGUCUGCUCUCGGUCAUUACAACAACUUCUUCUUCGCUGCUCACCUGCUGGACAUUGCCAUGGGAGUCAAGACCCUUCGCACCAUCCUGUCCUCCGUAACUCACAACGGCAAACAGCUGAUGAUGACGGUGGGGCUGCUGGCAGUGGUGGUUUAUCUAUACACAGUCGUGGCCUUCAACUUUUUCCGCAAGUUCUAUAACAAGAGCGAGGAUGAGGAUGAGCCUGACAUGAAGUGUGACGAUAUGAUGACGUGCUACCUGUUCCACAUGUACGUGGGCGUGCGAGCUGGAGGUGGCAUUGGCGACGAGAUUGAAGACCCGGCUGGGGACGAAUAUGAGCUAUACCGAGUUGUCUUCGACAUCACUUUCUUCUUCUUCGUCAUUGUCAUCCUUCUGGCCAUCAUCCAGGGUCUGAUCAUAGACGCCUUUGGAGAACUGAGAGAUCAACAGGAGCAAGUCAAAGAGGACAUGGAGACCAAGUGCUUCAUUUGUGGAAUCGGCAGCGAUUACUUCGACACAACGCCACACGGGUUUGAAACUCACACUUUGGAAGAGCACAAUUUGGCAAAUUACAUGUUUUUCCUCAUGUACCUGAUCAACAAGGAUGAGACGGAGCACACGGGUCAGGAAUCUUACGUGUGGAAGAUGUAUCAGGAACGUUGCUGGGAUUUCUUCCCGGCCGGGGAUUGCUUCCGGAAACAGUACGAGGACCAGCUGGCAUAAAGCACCGGAGCGGUGGGAAUGCUGCGCUUCCUGUGGAUCCGAGCCGCAAGUCCCAACCCCGUUCCCCGCUCGCAGCUGCCACGGUUUCCCUCGGUGCCCCCGGCCCGCCGUAAAGGGGCAAAGCACCCGAAGUAGAUCUCAUCGUAGAGACGAGGUUUAAACCUGGGCAGCACUUGAUGAUGUGGGAACCAGUUUUCGCGCAGCCAACGAGCCCACCCGCCCGACCGACCGCCCGCCCGCCCGCGCGUGUGCGAGACCACAUUUAUACUUCAGUACAUAUCAGAGAGAAAAAACAAAACAUAUUUUGGGG